UAGUAUUCUUUCGAAUAUUCUGCAUAGAGUGCAUGUGAGUGAUAUAGGUCUAUAGUUUUUUGCAAUUGUUUUGUCACCUUUCUUAAAUAUAGGAAUAAUUAUGGAUUGUCGCCAUAUUUCUGGGAUUUCUCCAUCAUCAAGGAUUUGUCUAAAAAGUUCUGUUAAGAUUGGAGCAAGAGUUAAUGCACAGUUUUUUAGAAGUAUGUAUGGAAUAGAAUCUGGUGAGGUAGAAUUUUUAUUCGGAGCAUUUUUUAAAUUAAAAAAAAAAGAUAUUUAA